GUGACGAACAAAUUCAGAAAAGAAAAGAAAAACGCGUCAACGCAACCGACAUCUGAAUCCCGCGUAAACUCCACGCAAUCUCAAUUCUAAUUCAUGUCGGAGACGGAGAGCCUUCCGCUGGAUUUAAGGGCGCGAUUGGCCCGCGGGAUCGAAACCCUAGCCCCCCCUCCUUCCGAGAUCUGGAUUCGACCCAACUCCCCACAAGCAUCCCGCUUCUCAGCGAUCGGUUCCCGGUGAUAGCGCGUGCUUUUUCCAGCAGCGGGCGGACGACGAUGUCGAGCGCGGCGGCGCUCGGGGGCACGGCGGCGCCGUGGGCUCAGGCGCAACCCCACCUGCUGCAGGAGUUCGAGUACUUCCUGGUCGUGGAUUUCGAAGCCACCUGCGAGAAGGACAGCCGGAUCUACCCGCAGGAGAUCAUCGAAUUCCCCUCCGUCCUCGUCGACGGCGCCACCGGCCGAAUCGAGUCCGCCUUCCGCAGGUAUGUCCGCCCUAAGUACCACCCCGUGCUGACUCAGUUUUGCAGGGAGCUCACAGGGAUCCGGCAGGAGGACGUCGACGGAGGCGUGGACCUCGGCGAAGCGCUCUGGCUGCACCACCGCUGGCUGCAGGCGGCGACGUCGGGGGCCAGGAAAGGCGGCAGCUUGGCCGUCGUGACGUGGGGGGACUGGGAUUGCCGUACGAUGCUGGAAUCGGAGUGCGUCUUCAAGGGGAUCGCCAAGCCCGCCUACUUCGAUCGCUGGGUCAACCUCAGGGUCCCCUUCCAGGCGGUGCUCGGGGGCGGAGGGCGGGCCACUCUGCAGGAGGCCGUCCGGGCCGCGGGGUUACAGUGGGAGGGCCGCCUGCACUGCGGGCUUGAUGACGCGCGCAACACCGCGCGGCUUCUUGUGGAAAUCAUGCGGAGGGGCGCCAAGAUCGCGAUUACCGGCUCCUUGGCGCCGCCGCCGAUCCAGCCCAAGGAGGAGGAGGAGGAGCAGCCACACACAAGUCUGUGCGGUGGCGCCGCCGGGGCAUGCUUCUGCGGAGUGGCGAGCAGAUGGGGCGUUGUAGCUAUGCCAGGGCCAAUGCAGGGGAGGUGCUAUUGGGGGUGCGGCAACUGGACGCCCACCAUGGGAGCCAUCUGCCCCUACUUCCUGUGGAGCAAUUGAAUCGGUUGCGCCACCGAUUGUGAUUUCAGGCUCAGUCUAGAUAUUAGCUCGGUGUGAUUUGGUCGCUGGAAUCAAAUGUGACCCAGCUAGCAUUAGCUUAGUUCAUCCUUACUGUGAACUAGUCACCGAAACCUAUGGCUCAGCUCAAGUAGCUAUCCUGUGUAAUUGGUGUCUGAAUUAUUGAUAUUAAUACAAGGUUUGAUUUAACUA